GCGCUCUGUUAUGCCUCCGUCCAAUCGUUCGAUCGUAUCGAACUUGCCGAGGCAAGUCGAGCUAACAAUUUGCAUUGUUAAUCGGAGAUCCACCGAUAGGCCGUAUAAUGAACUCGGAGAGUUCGUUAUACCGUACAUGUAUGAUUAAUCGGGGUAAUUGCGGCGCCGCGGCCCGAGUAGAUGCACAACGCCGCAAUAUUUUGCGUUACGCGUGCUCGCCGAGUUAAUUAUUCAAAUAGACCACGUCUCUCACAACGCCGGCGCCGCCGCGUCCGUUGCCCGCGGUUUUCUAACCAGCGGAUAUAUUUUCUAAUAAGAUAACGCGAGAACGCAUUACGUAUGACCCUCUCGUAAAGCAGCAAUCCCGUACGUUUUAUCAUGCAAUCCUUUCAGCGUUUUACCGCCGUGACGAGAAAAACCAGGCGGCGGAAUCUUCUCGAGCGCAUUUCAGAAACUCCGAAAGAGAAAGAAAGAGAGAGAGAAAAAAUAUUUCUUUAUAUAUAUAUUUCGCGAGAUUUUUCUCCGCCGGCUAACGGUGUGUUUACGUUUUCGCAUCAUCCGUUUUCAUUUCCUUAAAUUCUCUUCCGGCAUUACUCGGUCGGCGAGAAUUUAAACGAGGUCGGUCGCUCGCUCGCGUUCAAAGAAAGGAGCGAGAAUUUUCUUUCGCCGACGCGUUUCCGGAUUACUCCCGGGAAUCACUCCCCCCGGGUCGGGGGCAAUCUUUUUGUUGUCGCUUAUAACCUGACGCCUCGUUCUAUUGAAAUGCGCGCGCGUGUGGACCUGUACAGUUGCUUCCUUUAUGAACUUAACGACCGCGCCGCGCAGCAGAUUGCAACCUCUUGCGGAACGAUUCGCGCAAGAAAGGAUCGCGUUAAUAGCUGAAACUCGGAUCAAGAAUCUGUUAAUUGCGCGACAUAAUCGAUUACUUAAUUACGACUGAUUACUCCGCCACGGAGGAUGGAAUUUUAAUUGCGACGGCCAUUUGGUUUGACAUUGGUAUCUCGAGAUUUUUUUUUCAUAGAUAAAGAUAUGGCUUGAAGUGUAUCAGUACAGAAUGGCGCAAAGUCGUUAUGAAACUGGUAACAUUGCUAGUUCUUAUCACUGAGUUUCUUCAAAAGUUUAUCAAUGUGUUUAAUAAGCGUAUGAAGAUAAGAGACGAAAGAAAGAAUGAAAAGAAUCGUCUUCCAAUUUGCGUUUUAAAGAAAAAGUUAAAUGAAAAUAAUUGCGUCAAUGUUCGUGGAAAUAAUGACAUAAUACGUUUAUCGACAGUAAUUCAAACGAUUAGUUGAAAUUGUCGGUGCUUAGAAUGAACAUUUAGAGUGAAUUACAGAAUAUUCGUGUUUGCUGAGCCUUAGUGUAAACUUUAGUCGUUUCGCCGUACACGUGUACUUACGCUCGUCAAUAAGAAAUAUUAAUUGUUCUGCCAAUUCUGGCUUAGUCUCUCGUCGAUGUUUAUCGAAGUGUGCAAGGGUCGUUAAUUGAGAAUGCACAAUGACGCAGCGAAUUUAUCCGUUGUCAGCGAGCCCCCGCGAGGGGUCUCCGGAUAUCCAAAUGGAGACGCUCAUGGAAAACCACUCCCCCCGUCAGGGAAAAGUCAUCUCGAGAUGGAAUUUAUGCCGGAAACGAAGGAGGAGGAGGAGGAGGAUAAGCCAGUCUCGGAGCCACGGUUGGAACCCGUGCCUUACUACAAACUGUUUCGAUUCGCGACGUGGGGUGAGCUGCUAUUGGUUGCCUUGGGCCUGAUAUUGGGUGGCUGCGUAGGCUUGGGUAUUCCGUGUAUAAUCAUCCAAUAUGGUGAAUUCAGUACAAUGUUAUUGGACCGUAACAGAAAGAAUGACACGACCACGCCAACCACAAUAUUGCCUUGGUUCGGAGGUGGGAAGAUUUUAGGUCCUAAUUCAACUGAUGAAGAGAGGCAGGACGCUCUUUACGACGAUUCGGUGGCCUUUGGCGUCUCCUGCGCGUUGUUAUCGGUGAUUAUGUUCGUCCUCAGCUUGCUCAUGGUCGACUUGCUCAAUAUCGCUGCCUCCAGGCAAAUCUCCAGGAUACGCAAGAUGUUCCUAAAAGCCGUUCUUAGGCAGGACAUGUCGUGGUACGACACAAACACAUCGACCAACUUCGCCAGUAGAAUUAACGAGGAUUUGGAGAGGAUGAAGGAUGGCAUAGGAGAGAAGCUAAGUAUUAUCACGUAUUUAAUAACCUCGUUCUUCGCUUCCGUCAUCAUCUCGUUCGUGUACGGCUGGAAGCUGACCCUGGUCAUGUUAAGCUGCGCGCCGAUCAUAAUAAUCGCCACGGCCAUUGUCGCCAAGGUGCAGAGUUCACUGUCGGCCAUGGAGCUGGCGGCCUACGGUCAGGCCGGCAGCGUCGCCGAGGAGGUCCUCGCAGCUAUUAGGACCGUGAUCGCCUUUAACGGCGAGCAGAAAGAGGUGGAGAGGUACUCGGAGAAACUCGGACCCGCGGAAAAAACUGGCAUUAGAAGGGGCAUGUGGUCCGGGAUCGGCGGCGGCGUCAUGUGGCUCAUCAUAUACUUUAGCUACGCGCUGGCGUUCUGGUACGGGGUGCAAUUAAUCCUGGACGACCGUCCGAAGGAGGUGAGGGAGUACACGCCGGCCGUAUUAGUGAUAGUGUUUUUUGGAGUCUUAUCUGGAGCGCAGAACAUGGGCCUGACCUCGCCGCAUUUCGAGGCGUUCGCGAUGGCGCGGGGCGCAGCGGCCGCGGUUUUCAACGUUAUCGAUCACGUGCCGUCCAUCGACAGCCUCAGCAAGGAGGGUCGACGGCUGGACUCCGUCAAGGGCGAGAUCGAGUUCAGGAACGUCGCGUUCCGCUACCCGGCGCGGAAGGACGUGCAAGUGCUCACGGCGCUGAAUCUCAAGAUCAAUCGCGGCGAAACGGUGGCGCUCGUAGGCGAAUCCGGAUGCGGUAAAUCCACCUGCGUGCAACUCGUUCAACGACUCUACGAUCCCCUCGACGGACAGGUCCUCCUAGAUGGUGUCGACGUGUCAACGUUGAACGUUCAAUGGUUGCGCUCGCACAUCGGCGUGGUCGGUCAGGAGCCGGUGCUCUUUGACACAACGAUACGCGAGAACAUCCGUUACGGAAAUGACAGCAUUACCGACGAGGAGAUGAUCAAAGCUGCGAAGGAAGCGAACGCUCACGACUUCAUCAGCAAACUGCCGGAGGGAUACGAUAGCCCGGUGGGCGAAAGAGGCUCUCAGAUGUCGGGUGGACAAAAGCAGAGAAUCGCCAUCGCACGUGCGCUGGUGAGGAAUCCGGCGAUCCUACUACUGGACGAGGCGACGUCUGCGUUGGACGUUCAUAGCGAGGCAACCGUGCAGAGAGCCCUCGACGUGGCAGCGAAGGGAAGAACGACGAUUAUAGUCAGCCACAGACUUUCCACCAUCACAAACGUCGACAGAAUCGUGUUUAUUAAAGACGGGGUCGUCGUCGAACAAGGGACUCACGAGGAAUUAAUGGCGCUCAAAAGUCAUUAUUACGGACUGCAUGCCACCCACGCGGACGCCGUUGCUAAAGACAAGGCCACGAAGGCUGCCGCCAAGAGCACGAUGGCCACUCCGAAGAUGAAGACGAAGAAUCCGCCAUUGAGCAAGCAGUUCUCAACGAUAUCCGCGCACUCCCAUCGACUCUCUCUAGCGAGAUCUGAAUCCUCGGCGGAGGAGGAGCAACUGGACGAGCAUGAAAAACCCUACGACGCGCCUAUGACGAGGAUAUUUGGAUUGAACAAACCGGAAUGGCUAUUAAAUGUGAUUGGGUGUCUCGCGGCAGCAACGGUUGGCGCUUCCUUCCCAGCCUUCGCUAUACUAUUCGGCGACAUCUACAGUAUACUGAAUAUUCCCGACCCCGACGAGACUAUGAAGCAGGUCAUUUUCCUUUCGAUAAUGUUCAUCGUCGUCGGCGUCAUCACAGGCGUCGGGACUUUCCUGCAGAUGCACAUGUUCGGCUUGGCCGGCGUGCGUAUGACGACGCGAAUAAGGAAGAUGGCGUUCACCGCGAUGUUAAAGCAAGAGAUGGGCUGGUACGACGAGGACGCGAACAGCGUGGGCGCGCUCUGCGCGAGGCUGUCGUCGGACGCGGCGGCCGUUCAGGGCGCGACCGGAACUCGCGUCGGCACCAUGCUCCAGGCCUUCUCGACCCUCGUGAUCGGCAUCGGCAUAUCCAUGUACUACACCUGGAAGAUGACGCUGGUCUCGGUGGUGCCGAUCGUGUUGGUGCUCGGCGCGGUGAAAUUCGAGGCGUGGAUCAUAGGCGGUCAGGGUAUGACGGAGAAGAAGAGGAUGGAGUCGGCCACUCGGGUAGCGGUCGAGGCCAUAACCCACAUACGCACGGUCGCCAGUCUCAGCAAAGAGGAGGUCUUCUUCAAGAGAUACUGCACGGAACUGGAUCACGUCGCCAAGGCGACCAGGCUCAGGAACAGAUUGAGAGGAACGGUGUACUCGUGGGGGCAGACCGCGCCGAUGUUCGGUUACGCCAUAAGUCUUUAUUACGGCGGUUACCUGGUGGCCAGGGAAGGGCUGAGUUACGAGAAGGUCAUCAAGGUAUCGGAGGCGCUGAUCUUCGGCUCGUGGAUGCUCGGGCAGGCGCUCGCCUUCGCGCCCAACUUCAACAUGGCCAAGAUAUCGGCCGGCAGAAUCUUCAAGCUGCUCGAUAGAAUCCCGGAAAUCACCUCGCCACCGGGAUCGGAGGGAAAGGAUUUAGACUGGAAAUCGGACGGCUUGAUACAGUUCUCGAAGCUCGACUUCCAUUAUCCGACGCGACCGGAGAUGCCGGUGCUCAAAGGGCUGAAUCUAAUCGUGAAGCCGGGUCAAAUGGUGGCCCUCGUGGGUCAAAGUGGCUGCGGGAAAUCCACCUGCAUUCAGUUGCUGCAGCGACUUUACGAUCCGAUCUCCGGCAACGUGACACUGGACCGGCGUGACAUCGCCUCGGUUUCGCUGGCGAAGCUUCGGUCGCAGCUCGGCGUCGUGGGACAAGAACCGGUGCUCUUUGACAGAACGAUCGCGGAGAACAUCGCUUACGGCGACAACAGCCGACAGGCGACCAUGGACGAGAUCAUCGAGGCCGCCAAAUUGUCGAACAUCCACGCAUUCGUCACCUCGCUACCGUUGGGCUACGACACGAGAUUGGGAUCAAAGGGCACUCAGCUUAGCGGCGGGCAGAAGCAACGAAUAGCGAUCGCACGUGCGCUAUUGAGGAAUCCUCGAGUUUUACUGUUGGACGAAGCUACUUCAGCCCUCGAUACUCAAAGCGAGAAGGUCGUGCAGGCGGCCCUAGACAAGGCUAUGCAGGGCAGAACGUGUAUCACCAUAGCCCACCGUCUGGCCACUAUAAGGAACGCCGACGUGAUCUGCGUGGUCGAUCGGGGCAGCGUCGCCGAGAUGGGCACCCACGACGAUUUGAUGGAAGCCGGUGGUCUCUACGCUCACUUGCAUACUCUCCAGCAGACCUCUGUAGAGCAGUAGAGGAAUGAUCAAGGGGUCAGAUUCCUUCGCUCUUUCUUCAUUCGCGCGCGACUCGAUCGUCGCGGUGCAUCGAGCGUCUUGAGGGUGCGAGAACCAACUCGAGGGAUGGUCGAGCGCGUGGAAAGCGGAGGAGAGCGAAGACCGCAGAGCGAAACUCGAGUGGCCGCAAUCGCCACCGCCGAAAGGCCACGAGAUGUUGAAGAACACAAGCGUCAGGAUGGAAGAGGGAUUCUGUAGAUUCCACGGUUUAUCACUGCGAGGACUCUCUGCAGCGAGAGCGACGACAGGCAGCAUCGUUCGCAGCUCGAGAUCAGCAAUCUCGCGGAUCACAAGCGGCUUAUUUCCGAUGGGAAUUUGAUCGUAAAUCAAAAUUCGGAGUUUUAUCGAUGUCAGAAUUCUCGGAUUUAACUUUCAGCCGGCGAGACACGCGCGGUUCGAAUACGACUCCAUCAACUUGUCGCUCCGCAUUCGUCUCUUUACACGUUGACACGAGUAAAUUACGAUAGUAUUACCACGAUUUUUCUUAUGAAUGUAAAAUUCGCAUUUGCAUAUUUUGAUAAACAUCUUAUUAGCUUCAUGCGCGAACAAACAGCUGUAAUCAAUGAAGGCUGAUGAAGCGAAUACGACGCGUAUCAGCCCUCCCUUUCUCUUCCUUUUUUUCUCCCUCUGCAUUUCAUUCGCGCUUGUCAUAUCCCCUCCGAUAGUUUUACAUAAAAUAUUUCUGCGGCUGAUAGACUUACUUAAGUCCCCCUUCAAAGACCUUUUAUCGGGGAUACGCACGUUACUUCUCCUGGCGGCUACGUUACUUCAUUAAGCAUUGUACCUGGCGCACUCACGUAACGAUCCAUCCUCCUAGAUGGCGAAACGCGUCACGCGGCAUUAUCCGUAAUGGCAGGCAACGUAAUAGACUUUACCGUUCCCUCCCGUCCCUCCGUUAUUCGUACGCGUCGACUUUCCUCCGUAUAGCGUUUUCUCAGGUGAUAAUAUUUCUUCGCUCGGCGGAGAGCUCACGUACGCUGUGCGCGGAGUUUCUACGAUCUUUACGAGGGCCAUCGUAUCUCGUGACGAGUGCUGGAAAAGAAAGGAGUUACGACGGCGGGGCCUGUUUUUGCUGCGUUUGGAGAAAGUAAAAUAAACCUCAUUCCUUACGGUGUUUUCCCUUUUUUUUUCUUGAAACGAGCAAUCCGAUGAUGCUAGUUAAAAUUACGUUACAUGACGGGAGCGCAUAAGAAAUUGAGUUUAUAUCGGAAAAUGCAUCACGUAGUAAUUCACGAGAGACGGAUUACGCUGCUAUACGUAUCGAUGUGUUCUACAUUUUUAAUGUUGAAACACGGAAUAUUUUAUAAAAAUGCUAUAUAUAAUAGCGUAAUGGAAAGUUUUAGUGCGUUUGCACAGCGCACAAUGAAGGAUUAUUUCUGGCCAAUACUCUGACUUGUGUUUAAGUAAAAAUCCAUGAUAUUUCAAAAAUAUAAUUAUUGUAAGUACUUGUUUAUAUAUCUAUAAUUUUAUAUGACAAUUUAUCUAUAAUUUAAUUAUAUUACCUUAAUUUAAAAAAAAACUAUAAUAUGACGAUAAAUGAAUAAUCAAAUUAAAAUUACCAUAAAAAAAUAUGAACGGCGAGUACGAUGAUAAAAUAAAUAUUGUCGAUUUUCAUACAAAGUCAGCAAAUUUUUGCCAAAUUGCAAAUUAAAUACUACAUUUAAAAAAAUCUUUACAUACAAGUUUAAAAGAUUUCUGGGAAAUGUCUGGAAAUAUAUUAAAUAUUAUUAAUAACAUUAUGACAUAAUAAAAAAGCAUUUAAGUAAACUCAGUAGCGUAUAACGAGUAUUGGGAAAACAUUUUUGCUUAUUUUUUAGUGUUAUUUAUAUAUAAAAGCGGUAGAUUUGGAGCAAUACUUAAACAAAAUGAUAUACGCUAUAUGUGCGUAAUGUUUCUCGACAAUAAGCAAAAUAUUUGUUUUGCAUAUACGUGGCGUAAUUUUAAAUGCUCGUCUCGAAACUAUAAGAAAUGAUAUAUUUUAUUUUUCCUCGAUACAGCUGAAACACACUUUUUCCUUAACACAAUUCUUUAGCUAUCCUUCUGUUUACAAGGAAAAGGAUAUAAUCAAAUGAAAAGGAAAUAGGUAGAGCUCUUUAGUGCUCCAAGAAAGCUCCAAGAAUCCAUCCACAUCCAUUAUCCUACCCCCAUCGGUCGAGUACACCGAACCGAACAGACUCAAUUAAUUAAUGCUAUCGAUACAUCCCUUUUGUGUCCCGCUAGAUUAGAUAGAGGACGCGGCGACAAAUUGAUCGAUUUGCGGGACGUAACUCGUGUAACAAGGCGUGCAAAUGGUGACAGGUGUUUAAGGGCGUGACACAAGAGCAUUCCUCUGUUGACGACGUCGUAAUUUCGAUACCAUCGUCGCGGCGCUCUAAACGACGCUGCAUGAAAAAUGUAUAAGUACUUCUCCGAGAAUAAUAUACGCUAUCCGCUCGCAUCCCAUCCACGCGUUUCUUCAUUUCUCCUCCGUUUGCCCGAAAAAUUCAGACGUUCAUCUUUAUUCCCCUCUUGCACCUAAAAGGGGAGAAUACCCUUCUUUCGCUCGGAUAUCCGUGAAACAUAACAAAUUCACUCAUGGGAAGGAGGGGGAUCGAAUAUAUAAAAUUUGCAGGAGGGACGUCAUAAAUUAUCGUCGCCCUCUUUUCUCACCAGUGGUGCCUCAAUAACAACACGUUAGUUUAACGGACUCGCCGUCACGUGACGGACACAUAUAACGAAGAUGAAAAGCGGUAGUGACGGGGGCGACGAGGGAUGCGUGCGCGAUAUUCGUUUUGCGGAGGGGGGAGAGGGGGAGAAAAUACUCUCUUUCGCCGGAAAAUAUACGCGUUCGCGAGCAUGUGCUGAAUUCGAUCGAGAGGAAUUAUGUAAAGCGGCGCUCGGUGUACGAGUGAAUUUAUUACCGCAAUAACAGUCGUGUGUGCGACUACGUACGGCGGGGAAUAAAUAAAAUGAAAUGGGAAAUCAUAUUUAUUUACGAGAAAAGACACCUCCGGCGAUGUAAGUAUCCGGGUUCCUCUGUGCGCGAAACGGCUUCUCCUCCCUCUCCACGCGCGAAACGAGAAUCGAUAAUCGCGAAACAAUCAGCGUUCCCGUGCGAUAGAAUGGCGAUCGGCCUUCCGGACGGGCGGCUGUCAUAAAUUACACGUCGCACCGCGGAGUCAAUUCGCGAUUACAUUCUUCCGAUACCUCGGAGUGCCUGCUCUCCUUAGGUCUUAAUAACAGAACCCGCCGGGGCGCAAAGGCACCAUCGGCUUUGGCGAUGAUGUACGCUCGAAGGGCGAAAGGGGUGCGUAAAAAAGGUCCGGGACGAUUUUUCAGAAUUUGCCCCGUCGGCUUAAGGGAGCUGCCGCGUCUUUCAUACGUCCGUCGUCGCGAUCCAUUAGCCGAGAGAUAAUAUUGCGCAAACACGUCGCGGCCAGAUGCAAAAGAGAAGAGCGAUCGUCACUAAUCGUGAUGCAAUCGAGGGGCAUUAAACCAAUCGCACGCGUCGGAAGCAAGGACCAACGUUUGUUUCGGAAAAAUUCUCAAAAAAUUUGCACAUCUGUUUAAAACGAUUUUAAUGAUUCUCUCGGAAUAUUUAUUUAAGAAAUUAAAAAUUGACAUUAGAUUGCUAGUUUAGAUUUGCAUUGGUAAAAAAAACUAAUUAUGCAAAAUAAAUAAUAUUAAUUACGUUUAAUACGUUUAAUUACGUUUAAUACGUUUAAUUACAAAUCCAAGAAAAAAAAAGAUUAAAAUUGGAGAAAAUGUGCUUUCGUAACUGUAUCAAUCCCAGAUCAAUCGCGAAUAACUGCUUAAGAUUGAAGCUGCGGCCGUAAUUAAGGACACAAGAGAUCUUAAAAUUAGUUGAGCCACAAAAUAAAAAAUAAAAAAUAAAUAAACUACCUCAACUUGGACAAUAGAAUGCUGAAGUUUGAGAGAAAAUUAAGUGUGAUAUUUAUACGAAAGAUCAGGCAUGCAUAUUGAACUGUUGUCGUGUGUACUUACGGUAAUAAGAGGAUGAGAUAUUAAAGCUUUUGUCGUAAGAGAAAAAUAUCAUUGUGUAACGUAAUAAUAAAGAAAACUGGAAAAAGAAGGAAGAAUCGCGCGAGAAGAACGCGAUCUAAUUAUGGUUUCUUUCUUCCAUCCCUUCCCGGGAUGUUUUUUUUUUCCUUCCAACGUUCUGCUGCCCGAGCAUUAUUGUACGCGAAGGAAUUAAUUAAUCAGAUGGAGAUGACGUUUAUAAAGAAUGUUUCAGACAUAUUGGCUCAUCCUUCAUAAUUCCACGAUGAACUUGGGGGUCGACUUUUUCCUUGGGAAAAAUUUGAACGGAAAAAUCUAAUUACGUGGGCGCUUAAAAACUCGAGAAAGCCGUAAGAGUCCCUAACAAUUAAAUAAUAAUUUGUUCGCGAUAAGCUGAAUUAUCGGACGGCGAAGUGUCAAUCCUAAGUAGCGUCGUUCGCUUCUCGAGAGGCAAUCAACUUCUUAUAUCAUAUAUAUUGCACUUUUACGGCGCGGUUUAUAUUAUGAGGCAAAAAAGGCACGUCUUUAUCUUACGUCGUCUGCCGCCUCCUUCUCGUCGCAAGUACAUCUAUUUUUAUUACAUUUUUAUUUAUAUUAUACCGGCGUCGACGUAAGAAAAGGGGAUGUGAAAGGGGAAAGUCGCCGAUUAACAAUCUUACUCUCCCUCAUCGCAUUCUUCGGGCAGCGGUAGGAUGGGGUAAAACUCAUCGGAAAUUAAAUUAUCAUACCGUAUCACUUUCGUUGGAAUCACAUUACUUUUUAUUUCGUCGGAGAUUUUGUCGAAAUUCAUCCGUAAAAAGUCUGUAAACUCUCGCGCGCAACGAGAAGAGAAAGGCGAGCAUUUGGGCAAGCAGUCCUAUCUUAUUAUCGUUAUUGUCAAGAUGCCAUCGAAGAGAGAAAGCUGCGGGAAGUUUAAGGAUUCAGAAAGAAUAUCAAUUCAGAAAGCGAAUAUCAAGUUCGAUGGAUGGUAACGACCCAAGAGACAAGAGGAAAAGAGACAGAGAAGAGGGGGGAUUAAAAAGAGAGAGGCGAAUUCGUCACAAAACUUGAGUAAAGCUACGAGACUAUGCGGCAGCUGCAAUGGCUAUUGGAAUUUUUAAGCCAACUUUCGCUGUACAAAUUCCAAGGGGAAAUAAGUCGCGCGUCUGGUUCUGUUUCAUGUUGAUCAGUUAAAUUGAUAUAAAAUAAAUAAAAUGCAGUUUCUCUCUUUCCCCCGCUCUCUCUUUCUCUCUCUCCAUUAUACGAAGACUAUAAAAUGGUCUUUUAUUCAUUCGGGAUUGACUGACAUUAAUUAUAGCGAAUGCGUGUGACGCGCAAUUUAAUUAUUAAUAAUAAAAUAUUAAUUAUUCUAGAUUGUUGGCUGACAGUUCUGGCUAUCUUGUUAUGCAUUAAAAUUGUACAUCGGAAAGAGGCAAAUAAAUUUAUAUUACAAACGA